UGCCGUCGCCAAGAGGCAGCCGCGCGCAGCGAGCCGGUGGCGCAGAUAUCUGGGGGAACCCCGAGCGCCGAGCCCGGGAGCAUGAUCGUGGACAAGCUGCUGGACGACAGCCGCGGCGGAGAGGGGCUGCUGGAAGCGGCCGGCGACGGCGGCCUCAUGACCAGCCCGCUCAACCUGGCCUACUUCUACGGCUCGUCGCCGCCGGCCGCGGCCCCGGGCGCCUGCGACGCCAGCUUCUCGUCGCCCGGACCCUCGGCGCCCGGCUCGCCCGGCUCCGACUCCUCCGACUUCUCCGCCUCGUCCGCGUCCUCCUGCGGAGCGGUCGAGUCCCGGCCGAGAGGGGGCGCCCGCGCAGAGCGGCUUCUAGUUGAGCCUCAUAUGGGGGUUGGAAGGCAGCAGAGAGGACCCUUUCAAGGUGUUCGCGUGAAGAACUCAGUGAAGGAACUGCUGCUGCACAUCCGAAGUAAUAAACAGAAGACGUCUGGCCAACCUGUGGAUGAUCUGAAGGCACCAGGUGUGAACAGAGAGCAAUUUGUAGAAUUGAAGAACGAGGUAUCAUAUAGUGGAAAAAGGAAAGGACUCGAUUCAUUGUCUGAUGGACCAGCUUGUAAAAGGACAGCUCUGUUACAUACCCAAUUUCUGACACCACCUCAAACACCAACACCUGGGGAGAGCAUGGAAGAUGUUCAUCACGGUGAAUCCAAGCAGGACAGCAGUGCAGAUCUGCUUCAGAACAUCAUCAACAUUAAGAACGAAUGCAGCCCAAUUUCCCUCAAUACUGUCCAAGUUAACUGGGCAAGCCCUGUGGUAGUCCCUCAGUGCUCCCCCAGAGAGAACUCUCAAGACUUCCAUGGAGGGCAGAUCUUUGCUGCGCCUCAGAAACAACAGCCGUUCCAACUCAGCAGCUCCCCAUACAUGAUGGACCAGGCUUCCAUGUACCAGUAUUCUUCACAGAACCAGAACAUGCAGCCGCCACAGGAGAACAUGCAGGAGAACGUGCAGCAAUACACCCACACCCCAAUUCUGGAAUACAGUCCUUACUCUAGAACUUCUCAGUCCCCAAAUUAUGAACCAAACUUGUUAGAUGGUCAGGGGCCACAGUUCUGUGCAAACCAGAGUUUUGCUGCCCUUCUGAGUGGUCAGGGGGAAUCUGAUAAUAUCACUGUUCCAAUUCGGACGGCCCCCAGUGUUCAACAACAAAGUGAUUCCCACCUGCAGAACUUCAGCAUGAUGCCACAUGGGGCCUGUGAGGCUGUGGAGGGACAGGAUGUGGGCUCUGUGCCUUUUAGCACUUCACUGCCAUUCCAGAACUUCAGUGGAAAUCCAAUGACCACUACACAGUUAGGGAAGUCACUUUUUCAGUGGCAAGUAGAGCAAGAAGAAAACAAACUGGCAAAUAUCUCUCAGGACCAGUUACUUUCAAAGGAUGCAGAUGGUGACACGUUCCUCCAUAUUGCUGUUGCCCAAGGGAGAAGGGCACUGUCUUACGUCCUUGCCAGAAAGAUGAAUGCGCUUCACAUGUUGGAUAUUAAAGAGCACAAUGGACAGAGUGCCUUUCAAGUGGCAGUGGCUGCCAAUCAGCAUCUCAUUGUGCAGGAUCUGGUGAACCUUGGGGCCCAAGUGAACACCACUGACUGCUGGGGAAGAACCCCUCUACAUGUCUGUGCUGAGAAGGGACACUCCCAGGUGCUUCAGGCAAUUCAGAAGGGAGCAGUGAGGAGCGAUCAGUUUGUGGAUCUGGAGGCUACUAACUAUGAUGGCCUGACUCCUCUACACAGUGCAGUUAUGGCCCACAAUGCGGUGGUGCAUGAGCUCCAGAGAAACCAGCAACCUCAUUCACCUGAAGUUCAGGAGCUUUUACUGAAGAAUAAGAGUCUGGUUGACACUAUUAAGUGUUUGAUUCAAAUGGGAGCAGCAGUGGAAGCUAAGGAUCGUAAAAGUGGCCGCACAGCCCUGCAUCUGGCAGCUGAAGAAGCAAAUCUGGAGCUCAUUCGCCUCUUUUUGGAGCUGCCCCACUGCCUGUCUUUUGUGAAUGCAAAGGCUUACAAUGGAAACACUGCCCUCCAUGUUGCUGCCAGCCUGCAGUAUCGGGUGACACAGUUGGACGCAGUUCGCCUAUUGAUGAGGAAGGGGGCAGACCCAAGUACACGGAACUUGGAGAAUGAACAACCAGUGCAUUUGGUUCCUGACGGUCCUGUGGGAGAACAGAUCCGGCGUAUCCUGAAGGGAAAGUCCAUUCAGCAGAGGGCUCCACCCUAUUAGCUCCCCUCACUCACUUGGAGCCCGGUCGGCAACACUCACUGUCAGUUAGGCAGUCCUGAUGUAUCUGUAUAUAGACCAUUUGCCCUGUAUUGGCAAAUGUAAGUUGUUUCUAUGAAACAAACAUAUUUAGUUCACUAUUAUAUAGUGGGUUAUAUUAAAAUAAAGUAUGAAAAAUAUCUAAUUCCUCUUGGCAGAUAUUAGUAUUUCAUGCCCAGGUAUCUGGGAUCUAGACAUUGGGAUUUAAACUGAAUGGUAACAUUGACUUCUGUUAACAGCAGCAUUUGGUAAGAAAAGGCUUUGAUUUGUGGCAUAAGGCAUUGCUCAUGAAGCUCUUGCCAGUUUAAAAGCAGGUAAAUUAUAAACUUUUUUAAAAAGGAAAAGUGAAAGCAUUUGAAAGCAAAAACAUAAAUGUGGGUGUAGUAUUGGAGCUUCAUUUGACCUGAUGUAGCAGUUAUUAGGUGUUAGACAGUCUGUAGUCAGGCAUUGGACUAGAUGAAAAAUGCUAUGAUUAUGAAUUUGACUUUUGUAAACUAUAUAAUUGUUAUUUUAUCUUUUAAAAUAUUUGUACAUAUUUGAUUUGUACAUGCCAUAUUUAAAAUGUGUAAGUCAAUAAAAUAGAAAAGAACAGUAAAUUGUCUCUAUCUUAAAAAAUUAUGUAUAUUUAAAAGAACUGUUAUAGUGUAACCACCCAAGUAAUGUCUGUAAGAUGAAGCAUUUGGAGAGCUGUUCCCUUAAUGACUGACAGAGCUCUGAACUGUAAAUAUGCUUUUUCUCAUGCAUUGAAAUGAUAUAUUUGCAGGGAAUACAUUUAAAAAGAAAACUUUUAGACUGCUUUCUAGAAUUUAUAAUUUACUUGUUUCGUUGGAACUUUUGUUUUAUUUUUAUAGGAGCAACAGAAUGUUGAAGUAUGUCUUACUGGUUUUCUGUUGUCAAAUAGUGAUAAUGAAGCAUGUUUUAUAUUACCAUUCAGGAAAAAAUGGUGUUUUUUUUUUAAGUUACCUUAAAAUUAAUUACUUUGCUUACCUCUGGCAUAUCCUAAAAAACAUACUUGCCUUUGAUUGCACACUAAUACUUUUUGUAAUAAAUUUGAUUCAUUAAAUUUUUUUUUUUGAGAUGUCUCACAAGCAACUGACUCACUUUGUAAUGAAGUACUUAAAUCCUUUUUAAAAAGAUACCCUGUGGAAUGAUCACAUUGUAUGACCCAGUAUGUCUUGUGGACAAAAGUUAGUUAUAGUUAUUUGGUACCUGUAAAUAUGACUGAUUGUAGACCAUUCUGUUUAUACAGAAUUUCAU